AUAUAAUUUGAAAAGGAGAACAAGUGAAUUUAUUGUGGUUGCUUCUUCUUUUUUUUUUUCUUCUACCUAAGCCUUUCAAGCAGAAUCUCAAACAGAAAAUAAUUCAUGGACACCUUCCAGAAAUAGCCACCUUGUCAGGUAAGAUUUCAGUGAGAAUCAAUGGGGCCAAACUUGUUUUAGGAGAGUAAUCUGAGUUCAAAGCAGUGUGAGAUGAAUCCUUCAAGAGCAGUGAAGUUGAUCUAGAGGACCUGGUCUCUCAUUCAACAAUUAAAUAUUGAACCACUCCAAACAGUCUUCUAGAUGCCAUGGGAGCUCAAGGAAGGAAAGUUGGAUUUUGAUUUCAAGAAGUUUGUAACCUGUUUAUGGAUCAGAUUUACACUUUUUAAAAAGAUUAAUGGACAUGUCACUCACUGGAUAAUCUUGUAAAUGUGACUUAAAAUAAAGACAUAAAUUAGAUCACUGCUGAGGUUCCUUCUAACACUAAUAUUCUAUAAUUGAAUAAUUUAUUGUGAAAUUCCUAUAACAGUAGAAACUAUUUCAACAUCAGAAUUACUACAUAGCAUUUUUUUAAAAAAAGGCAGAGUGGUAUUUUUUUUUUUUUGAUAAGUUACUCUAUCAAGAAAAUAUAACAGUCAUAAGUCUUCAUGUAUUACAGUUACAUAACUGUCAAUGACAAUUCAUAUAGCACAGUCUAAUAUUGAAUUACAUAGCUUUAAAACAUAUAAUACAAAGACUCAGCAGUACAAGAAGAAAUUAAAUCUGUAAUCAUGACAGAAAUCUUCAAAACUCUUCUUUUACUGAACUUCUGGUUCCCAGCCGAGCGCUUAGCAACUGCACCACUAGGGCUGUUUAUUCCCAUUAGAUACCUGUAAAAUUUCAGUUCUCUAACUGCCUGUAGAAUACUCCAUUCCUACUCUAGCUUAUUCGCACAUACUCACACACACACACACACACACACAAGUACAGGCUUAUCUUUGUAAGAGACUUUAGAUCAUGCUUAAGACAUAUCCAUGAAACCAACGACAAGGUCAAUUCUGAGACAACCACCUGGAUAGUUUAAGCUAAUAAAAUAAGAAGAAAAUAGAAACAAAAAUCAGUUUAUUUAUGUUUAAUGUAUUAUAUUUAAUAAACACUUAUACACAGGUUAUGUUCUAGUCACAUAAAUAAUUUACAUAUAUUUACUCAUUUAUUCCUCUGUCACGGAGUGUUUUAGUAGCAUUACCAAGAGUACACAAACAUUAAAUAUCAAACCUAAGAUUUGAACUCAGUCAUCUCUUGCCUAGCGACUGUGCUUUUCCCUAUUAUGUUAGGCUACCUCUCCGGAUCACAAGUUUAGUUCUGUGGAACUAUCUAGUCUAUCUGUGAGCAUUUCUUUUCCCCAGAAUUUUUCUCAACUCUUUUUUGUUUACAAAGAAAAAUGUGAUUUUCAGGUAGGAAACAUUGAUCUUUGCCCCUAAAGAGCCUGCCAAUUUUCAUACUUCAUACCAGGUUUCAUCAGCUAAGCCUCUUUCAGCUUGAGAGGAACUAAUAGUAUAUCCUAAUGUCCAUAGCUUUUAAUGAGUUACUGUAUCACAAAACAGCACCUUCCGAGUGAAAUUAUCUGGUAUUGAGAGUGAGUUCUAAUUAUAUCAUUUAACAGAAAAAGAAAAAACUGCCAGAGAAAAUACACUUUGAUUUUACUAACCUUUCAUUUCUUUCCUUAAAAAGGAGAAGAAUGACCUCCUCAGUUCAUUCAUCACUGAAGUCAACUCAUAUCUGUUGAUAACACCUAUCUUGAAUGAGAAAAAUAAGAAAACCAAGAAGAUGCUGGAGAAUAAUUAUACCAGGCCAACUGAGUUCAUUUUUGUUGGAUUCACAGAUUAUCUACCUCUCAGAGUCACGCUAUUCCUGGUAUUUUUCAUGCUAUAUGUGUUAACUAUGGUAGGAAAUAUGGGCUUGAUAAUCUUAGUUAAUGUCAAUUCAAGCCUUCAAACCCCCAUGUAUUAUUUCCUGAGCAAUUUAUCUUUCUUAGACAUCAGUUAUUCUACAGAAGUUGCUCCUAAAAUGCUCGUAAAUUUCUUAGCAUCUAGGAAGAGCAUCUCUACCUAUGGCUGUGCACUACAAAUGUUUUUCUUUGCUUGUUUUGCUGAUACUGAGUGCCUCACCCUGGCAGCAAUGGCAUAUGACCGCUAUGCAGCCAUCUGCAACCCGCUGCUCUAUUCUACACUUAUGUCUAGGAAAAUCUGCCUCUGUUUCGUUGUGUUGGCCUACUUUAGUGCAAGUAUGACUUCACUGGUGCAUGUGUGCCUCACAUUCAGGCUGCCAUUUUGUAUCUCCAAUAUUAUCAACCAUUUUUUUUGUGAUAUCCGCCCUCUCCUGGCUUUGUCAUGUGCAGAUACCAGUAUCAAUGGGUUUCUGCUCUUUGCCUUGUGUGGCUUCAUCCAGACCAGCACUUUUGUGGUCAUAUGUGUCUCUUACUUCCGUAUCCUUAUUACUGUUUUGAGCAUCAAGUCCUCAGGAGGCAGAAGCAAAACAUUUUCUACCUGUGCUUCCCAUCUCAUAGCUGUCACCUUAUUCUACGGGACGCUCUUGUUUAUGUACUUACGUCGUACCACCAGCUCUUCUCUAGACACUGAUAAGGUAGUUGCAGUGUUUUAUACAGUUGUCUUUCCCAUGUUUAACCCCAUAAUCUAUAGCUUCAGAAACAAAGAUGUGAAGAAUGCUCUCAAAAAAACUGUUGGAAAAGUACUGGACAUUCAAAUAAAUGAAAAUAAAAAUAAAAUAAAACAUAUUUCAUUUGAGAAUAUUUGAGGACUAAUAUCCCCUUUAAUCUUUCCAUUUUCUACUACCCCAUGCACAGCUUAUGAUUCAACAAUUUUAAAUGUAUCAAUAUUUGCUAAAAAUAAAGAGAACUGUUCAACUUCAAUGUCUUCCAAUUCUCUGUCUUUUCUUCCAGAAAUAUUCCCUCUCUAAUGCUUCUUUAAAAAAAAAAAUAUAUAUAUAUAUUUUUUUAAUGCUUCUACUGGAAACUCUGGUGGC